AUAACCUUCGGUAAAAUUGGUAAAAGUUUAAAUAGAGAAACACCUCAAGAUAUGGAAACUGUAAGUUCUGGAUUUGGUACAUUUGGUAAAAAGUCAGUGGAGGUUAAUGUGACAAAAAUGAAUGAGAUUAAACCUGAAGAUGAAGAGGAAACUCAAAAUUUGAAAGAAAUAAUGGGCAUUACAGGCUUUGGUAAAAAAGCUAAAUCUUUUGAUGUACAAGAGAUGAUGGAGAAUAUUACAAAAACUAUAAAGAGUAAUAAAAUAUCUGCUGAAAAAAUAAAGCUUAACGAAGAAGAAUAUACAACUCAAAGAGCUAUUGAGCAAGCCCCAAAAGGAGACAGUAAAGAUAGUGAUUCUGAUAAUGAUGGAAAUGAUAAUAAUAGUGAGAAUGAUGAUGAUGAUGAUGAUGAUGAUGAUGAUGAUGAUGAUGAUGAUGAUGAUGAUUUUAUUGGACCUCCAAUACCUUCUGAUCUGCAGAACUCGACAAGCAUAGAAAAUACAAGAAAAGUAAAGGAUAAAGAUGAUAGUGAUGAGGAUGAGGAGGAAUCUGAGACAGAAGAAGUACAGUUAAAAGAUAAAGUUCCAUGCACCCAUGAGGUGACAAUGACGCAUGGAACAAAAGCAGUGACUGCAAUUGCAGCAGAUCCUUCUGGAGCAAGAUUGGCUUCAGGUUCUAUUGAUUAUGAUGUCUGUUUCUGGGAUUUUGCUGGUAUGGAUUCAUCAAUGAGAAGUUUCAGAACUUUACAACCUUGUGAAAACCAUCCAAUUAAAUGUUUGCAAUACUCAAUGACUGGUGAUGUUAUAUUAGUUAUAUCAGGUUCAGCACAAGCAAAAGUUUUAGAUAGAGAUGGUUUUGAAAAAUGUGAAACUGUGAAAGGUGAUCAAUACAUAACAGAUAUGGCACGUACAAAAGGGCAUACAGCAGGCUUAAACAGUGGCUGUUGGCAUCCAUUUACAAAGGAAGAAUAUCUGACUUGUUCACAAGAUAGUACAUGUAGAAUAUGGAUUUUGUACAGACCUCGUGCACAUAAAUAUUUAAUAAAGUGUAGAGCACAGAAUGGAGUUAAAACUAUACCAACUACAUGUGGUUACAGUAGAGAGGGCAAUGUAGUGGCUUGUGGUUGUAUAGAUGGUUCUAUACAAAUGUGGGAUCAUAGGAAAAACUUUGUCAAUCCGUCUCUAAUUCAGAGAAAUGCACAUACACAGGGUGCUGAAAUAUCAAGCUUAAGUUUCUCUUAUCUUGGACAAAUGCUUGCAACCAGGAGUUGUGACGAUACAUUAAAGCUUUGGGAUUUAAGAGCAUUUAAGACACCUGUCUUUGAAGCUAAAAAUUUAUAUUCCCGAUACGACACAACCGAUUGUAUGUUUAAUCCAGAUGAUUCAAUUGUUAUAACAGGAGAAUCUUUAAGUAAAGGACAAAACACGGGCAGAAUUCUGUUCUACGAUACUAAAACUUUUGAUAUAGUCAAUCAAAUAAGCGUAACAAAUUCUCAUGUCAUUAAAACAUUAUGGCAUCCGAAAUUAAAUCAAAUAUUCGUUGGCUGCGGAAACGGGAUAGUCAAAGUAUAUUACGACUCAAAGAAGAGUUUGAGAGGUGCAAAAUUAUGCGUUGUAAAAACGCAUCUAAAACAGAAACACAUUGAAGUAAUGUCUACUCAACAAAUAAUCACACCACAUGCACUUCCAUUGUUCAGACAAGAUAGGCCUAAAUCGGUUCGCAAGCAAAUGGAGAAGGAUCGUUUGGAUCCGGUUAAAUCGAGAAGGCCAGAUUUGCCAAUUACCUCUGGACAAGGUGGAAGAGUUGCCUCUUCUGGAGGAACUCUUAGCUCUUAUGUAAUUCGAAAUUUGGGACUUAGCAAGAGGAUAGAAGAUGAUCAAGAUCCGCGAGAAGCUAUUCUAAAGUACGCCAAGGUAGCAGAGGAAAAUCCGUACUGGAUUGCUCCAGCAUAUAAGAAGACACAACCGCAAACGAUAUUCCAAACGGACGAGCAAGAUGGGGCACCGAACGCGAAGAAGCAAAAGACUUAA